AUGAAGAUGAAGAUUCCAAAUAGCGGCUCCGGUAACGGAUAUUAUGGGCAUGAAAGUGGUGUCAUUUCUUAUUUGGAUCAUGUUGAACAAGAAAUAGAUCCACCUGCUGGUGAAAACGGGGAUUUUGCUGAGUAUUUAUGGAUGGAAAAUGAAGAAGAGUUUGAUAAGCAGGUGUUGGAGCAAUUGGAAGAAGAAGAGUUGAUGGAGGAAUGCCUAGAGGCGAUGCUGGAGGAGGAGAGACAGCACCAGAGAAAUCAGGUAUCCUCUAAUUGGUGUAAUGUUACAACGGAAACUGUCAGUGGUAAUGAAUUGUGCCAGCAAUUGAGUAGCCUCAGAGUCCACAAUGAUCUCGCGAAAUCGUCAACAUUAAAUCCGGAUGCUGAAGAAUUUGUUCCUUCUUUUAAUGUAGUGACAGUAAGUACAACGGAAAUAUCAAGUGAAUCGUCAUAA